AUGUACUGGCUUCGUGUAAUUUUGUUAGCCAUCCAUGUUCUUACUGUAUAUUCCUCCUGUUGUCACAAAUUAUGUUGUUGCCCAUCAUGUCAAGGCGAAUGCAAUGAUCCAAUACCGUCAAAUCCAGGGUAAUCUCGGUUUGGAUUUAUAAUGUCACUGUUUUAGCCCUUGCUUAUGUGAAUCUGCAACCUGUAAUAAAGCCGUGAUCAGGAUUCCGAUUCAAUUUCGUUUGAGACAAGGGAUAGACGGAAAUAAUCUACCGUAUCCGAUUGAUGGGAGUAAUGUUAACCCACCUUAUCCAAGCUCUUAUCAAAUCCAGCCUCCUUCGUAUCAGCCCCCGAUUCCUCCUCCAGAUUCUUAUGUGGCGCCUCCAUUGCCGAAUCCACCGAGUCCGAUUCCCAGUCCAAAUCCCCUAAAUCCAUCGCCUCCGGGUCCAUUUCCUUUCUGGCCCGGACCUCCACAACCGAUCCCUCCAUAUCAACCGCCAGGCCCUCCCGAGCCCAUUACUGUUGCUCCACCUCCGUUUCCCAUCCCUCCGGUGGGGCCUUACCCUAUCCCCACAUUACCUCCUUAUCAGACAAAUUACCCAGCUCAAGCCCCUAUUCCUGGCUAUAAUCCAGCAGUCCCUCCCUAUAUCCCGCCAUACGCUCCCCCAUCAUCAAUUCCCAUUCCACCAGCUCCGGUCCCCAUUACAUCUCCACCGGAUCUUUAUCCCGUAACUGCUACUCCUUAUGUGACAUCCACUUACGCUCCCUAUAUUCCUCCAAAUGGCUCAUAUAUAACUGCUCCUCCAUACAUACCCAACUCGACGUACGCUCCCGCACCUCCACUAUAUCCAUCCCCAAUCCAGCCAUAUUCAAUUGGAUGUGGUGACCAGGUCGGUUAAAGAUGAACGUCCAGAAAAUACGUCAUCCCGGAAUCUCUGUGUCUGUGUAUUCGUACUUGUAACGUAUUUUCUGGAUUUUCGAAUAAAUGUGAAUGCCUCGUUUUGUACUCUUAAAGCACUCAUUUAGGGAUGCAUUUGCGAAACGAUAUGUUCUGAAGGAUGCUGUGAUAAGAAAUGUGAUGAUUGCUGGAGUAACUGUGAGUAUUUAAAACAAAAGUAAUCACUUUUAAAAAUACAGCACCUGGUUGGGGGAUCAUCCUAGUGGUGGCGAGCAUAGCCCUCGCCAUUUUGAUUCUUGCUCUUCUGAUCGGACUUUGCAUCUGGUGUAUAAGAUCAAGAAAUAGGAACCAUCGAGUUCAAGUAGAGCCCCAUCGAAUACAAAUAUCGGGACCAUAUCCACCAACAAGUUAUACACCUGGAGGAAGAGUGACAGAAAAUACCGUGGAGUAUACUGCUCAUGAUGUUAUUCGAGAUUAA